AUGACUUCAAAACAUCUAAUUGUCAGCCAGUCCUCAUUAACAGGGGAGUCAGGGACAACAAAGAAAACAGCAAAUAUUCGAGAAGAUCGAACGACUCCUUUGCUAGAGUUAAGAAACAUUUGUUUCAUGGGAACUAGUGGCUUAUCCGGUAGUGGUACUGCUUUAAUGGUUUCAACUGGCGCAAAGACUUACAUGAGUACCAUGUUCUCGACCAUUGGGAAGAAUAAACAACCUGACACAUUUGGGAAAAGCGUUCGAAAUAUUUCUUAUUGGCUCAUUGCGUGGUGCUUAUGUGGUGUUGCAGGAAUCUACCGAUACUGGCCUAGUAAACAGAGAAAAAUGGAAUCAAACAUGGUUUUCCUUGGCAUCCUAACCUUCUAUGACCCUCCCAAGAGCUCAGCCAAGGAAGCAUUUCGGAGGUUAGCGGAGAAGGGUGUAGAAGCCAAAGUAUUAACUGGAGACUCACUCUCCUUAGCUAUAAGAGUCUGCAAAGAGGUAGGAAUUAGAACUACUUAUGCAUCCACAGGACCAGACCUCGAACUCUUAGACCCUUCAACCUUUCAUGAGACAGUUCAGAGGGCUACGGUUUUCGCUCGACUGACCCCAACGCAGAAACUCCGCGUGGUUCAGUCUCUGCAGACAGCUGGAGAUCAUGUUGUCGGGUUCUUGGGAGACGGAGUAAAUGACUCGCCUGCAAUGGAUGCUGCAGAUGUUGGGAUAUCAGUUGAUUCAGGUGUAUCUGUGGCUAAAGACCUUGCUGACAUUAUACUACUGGAGAAAGACUUAAACGUUUUAGUUUCCGGUGUAGAGCGAGGAACAAUUACUUAUGGGAACACAAUGAAGUACAUAAAGUUAUCGGUGGUGGCAAAUGUGGGCAGUAUUGUGUCACUUCUAAUUGCAGUUGUACUCCUGGGAUACGAGCCCUUGACAGCAAGGCAACUCGUUGUUCAGAAUUUUUUAUACAACGUCGGUCAGAUUCCCAUUCCUUGGGACACGGUAGAAGAAGACUAUGCAAAGUUCCCUCAGCGGCGGUCAUCAAAAAGCAUACCUAUGUUGAUGCUAUGGAACGGACCAGUGUGCUCCAUGUUUGAUAUAGGGUGUCUUGUGUUUUUUUGGUGCUACUACGAAGUAUACCAUCCCUCCUCCGGAGAUAAGCUCUACCAUUCUGGAUGGUUUGUUGAAGGGCUACUCAUGCAAACCCUUAUAAUCCAUAUGAUCCGAACAGAGAAAAUUCCGUUCAUCCAGGAAGUAGCGUCAUGGCCUGUGAUCUGCUCCACUGUUUUGAUAUCUGCUGUAGGGAUUGCACUGCCAUUUACACCUAUAUGGAAAGUAAUGGGAAUGACUGACCUGCCAUUGUCCUAUUUUGGUUUCCUAGAUGUGCUUUUUCUUGGUUAUUUCUUUCUCAGUCAGGUGGUCAAGAGAGUCUACAUUAGAACUUAUAAAGAAUGGCUCUAAGUGAUUUCUAUGUACAUUAUUCACUACUCAACAUUUUAGAAUGUAUACAGGCAUCUGAAAUUCGUGUGAUGUUUUUGUUUA